CCCUGUGAAAGACAGAAGGUGGCAGUCAGCGUGGCCGUGAGUUCCCAGGGGCUGCAGGCAGGGCUGUGCGGGGCAGUGAGCCCUGGGGCACCCCUCAGGUCCCUGGCACCCCCAAGGCACUGAAGCAGGGUCUAGGUGGGACUCCGGCACAGUGCCCCGACCAGGGGCUCAGGUCUGGUGUGAAGGAGCAGGGGGUCAGGCAUCCGGAGACCUGUCCCUGCCGUGCAUCCCCUGUGGGCAUGGUGCAGCCGCAGGUCAUGCCACGAGCCCUGCAGCAACCCCGGUGCUGCCCAGUCGGGGGUGCCCAGCGGUGCCUCCCCGGGCACUCCUCCUCUGGCUGCCCAUCACCAGCCCGUCCUCGUGCUCCCUCCCCUGGGAGCUGGACACAGCCAGACCCACAGGGCACCACCAGCAUGACGAGGUCCCCAGGCAAUAGCAGCAGCUCUGUGCACACACAAAACCCUGCAACGACCAGAGUGUUCCGAGCCUCCCUGCUCACACCGUGGUUUCCCCAGCCUAGCAGUGCUGGUGAGCCACCGGCCAAAAAGGCCACUGGCUGGGCACUGUGGACAGCUGGUGCUGGGGAACGGAGCCUCUGCUCAGCCCCAGCCCAGUGUGCCCUGCUCCAUAGCUCAAAGAUUGCUCAAAGCUGCCCAUUCCCCAAAUUCUGGCAGCCCAGGACAAGUCCCCUUCUACUGUGGGCAAGCUGGAACGUCCCCAGCCCCACGUAGCCAUCGGAGGUGCCUUGCUCCAGCCCCGCAUGGGGUCUAGGGACAGCCCCGUUUCCGCCUGCCACCACCACCCUGGCCAUCUUGGUGGGAAAAGCCAGGCCUGAGACUUCUCUUCACCCGCAGCGUGGGGCUGGGGACCUCAGCUGCCGUCUCCAGGGAGGUGGCAGCGGGGGAAGACGUGCAGGAAGGAAUGCACUGGGCUGCGCAUCCCACCGCUGGGAAGCAAAACAUCUGCCGGGAGCUCGCCUGGGGGAGGGAGGUGCCCUCGUCCUCCCUGCUCUGUCCUCAUCACAGCCUCCUCAUCCUCAGGAGGGGCAAAAAAGCAAAAGCCAAAAAAAGGGUGCUGCAAGGCCUGCCCUUCCCCCCUUGUCUCUGCUCUCGUUUUGGCCCAGUUUCCCAGGGAAACGGGGCUCACAUCCAUAUGCCAUGCGGCUGCCAUCCUGUGCUCAGCCUCUCUGAACCAAGUAGCCAAAGUAAAGCACUCAGCCCUGCCAGGAGCAAGUGUGCACAAGGCGGGGGCAUCGUCCCACCUCCAGCCUCGCCACCGCCCCAUGGCAUCCCCUGGCAGCACCGUGCUCCCUGCGUGGCUGCGGGGACAGCUGGGACGCUCGGAGCCACCGAUCUCAGCCUCCCCGUAAUGCCCGGACACGUUUACGUGCAGCUCCCAGGACGAGAUUUACAGCCCAGCCCCCGCACAAUGACCACAUGCUCAUUAAUUUCACCAGCCCCACUUUGCUCGUCCCCUUGCUCGCAUGGCACGGAUGUGCCGCGUGCCCACAGGACACACCAGGGCUGGACCCAUGGAGCCCCCAACGUGCGGGUGCCACCAGCUGCCACCGCUUGCCCGGCCGGGCGCUCCCCAAAGGGUGCCCACGCAGGGCAGUGCUCGCGACGCCUCGGUGCCACCGGACCCGCGGGUCCUGCCCUGGCUCCUGCCACGCUCACCUCCAGCCUUCGCCUCCGUGUCCCUGCGUCCCCAGCCGGGCAAGCGCCGGCGGCCGCCCGCUUCCUCGGUGGCGGUACUGGGCUGCGCCAGAGCCGGUCCCAGCGCUGGCCCUCCCCGCGGUUACAACACAGCGCCCUUUCCCCUCUCCAGCACAGCCGCUCCUGCCACCCCACACCUGCCAGCGCCGUGGGGACAUGGCUGCGGCCACCUCCUUCUGCCGUCACAUUAUAACCCACCACUGGG